UCUAAUAGCAUUACAUUAUGAAACCAAACAAAAAUUGAAAUCACCCAUUCCACCUCUUAUAUCCCUGUAAUAUGAUUUCGUUUUCAUUUGCAUUACAAACAUUGCCUAUAUUCCAAGUAUGCCCCUCCUUCCUUCCCUCUCCCCGGCCCAGAUCUCCAAAUUUCCCCAUCCGCCGAACCCCAAACCCAAAUCAAGGCCCAGGACGAGCGGCCCUCCACCAAAAUCUAGGGUUUCGAUUCCCCUCCACAGGAUGUCCGACCCCGCCGCCACCGGCACCCUCGUGCCCGCCGGAGACGGCGGCGCGUGGGCGAACGGCGGACCCCGCUUCGGCGACAUGGUAUGGGGCAAGGUGAAGUCCCACCCGUGGUGGCCUGGCCACAUCUACAGCAUCACCCUCACUGACGAAGAGGAGAUUCACCGCGGCCACCGCGACGGGCUCAUCCUCGUCGCCUUCUUCGGUGACUCGAGCUACGGCUGGUUCGAGCCCCACGACCUCGUCCCCUUCGAGGGCCACUUCGCCGAGAAGGCCGCGCAGGGCGGUAGCACCCGUAGUAACUUCGCCGCCGCCGUCGCGGAGGCCGUCGACGAGGUCGCCCGCCGGAGCGCACUCGCGCUGCUCUGCCCGUGCCGGAAUCCCGAAGCCUUCCGCCCCCAUCCCUACGACGCCAGGUUCCUCCAGGUGGAUGUGCCCGGGUUCGACUCCAACGCCGACUACCACCCCGACCAGAUCGCUGCUGCGCGGGACCGGUUCGUCCCGCCGAAGGCGCUGGACUACCUGCUGAACGCCGCCGUGACACAGCGGGACGCCGCGGAGGAGGCUGCGCGUACCGUCCCGGGGAUCGAGAUGGCCGGAUUGUUAGCAGCCUACCGCCGCGCAAGGUUUGCUGAGCGCGACACCACCUACGCCGAGGCGUUCGGGGUGGAUCCCGAGAAGGCGCUCGCUGCUGAGAAGAAAGCCGCGGCUGAGCGAGCUCAACGAGCUCGGCCGCUCCAGGGCCACAGGAAGACGCCGGAGCAGCCCACGGCCGGCCCGGGCCGCCGGAGGGGCGGCGCCGCCGGUGCAGCGGAGAGGCUCAUGGAAAAGAUUGUGCCCGGCGCCUCCGCCAUGAGGGCCAAGGCCAGCAAGAAGGACCAGUACCUGCUCAAGCGCCGGGAGCCGCCGGAGCCGUCAAAACGGCCGGCGCCGCUCCCGGACGCGCCGCCCGCGCUGGACGACGGCCCGCCUGGCUUCUUGGGCAACCCGCCGACGCCGCCGCUGCCCGGGAGCACGGUUGACGAGGAGGAGUUCAUGCUGCAGAGGCGCGCGCCGCCACUCGAGAUUCUGCCCGCCGCACAGGCGAGCGAGGGCGCCACCGACGCCGCCGCAGACGCCGCGCCCAAGAAAGCGACCAAGCCCAAGAAGGCACGCAAGCGCGACCGGGAGGAACAUGCCGACGCUGGCCCCCCCGCCGCCGCCGACGCGGCCGCGGCCGCGGCCGGCGAGCCCAAGAAGAAGAAAAAGAAGAAGCUUUCCGACUUCGACAGCGGCGCGGCCCCCAUCGCUACCGCUGCCGCCGCUGCCGGCAGCGGCAAGCCCGCCGCUUUCCCGCCCUCCAAGGUGGUGGUGGACCUCGACGGUCUUAACCUGAAACAGGUAAUAUCGGACCUUCGGAACCUCCCGCUCGCUCCCUUCCACGGCGCCGACAGUCGCAUCUCUGAUACCUCUCGCUCCUUCGUCCUCGCGUUCCGCUCAAAAUACUACAAGAAGAGCUACGAGAACGAUCCACCCGAAGAGUCUAAGAAGGGCUUGGACAAGCCCAUUGCCGCCGGCGACGACCAGCCGCCGAAGAAGAAGAAGCCAGUCGCGAGGCCCGGCGCCACCGGCGACCCUGCGAAAGCCGGCGUGAAGCGCGGGCCAUCGGAUCGGCAGGAGGAUCUGGCCGUCAAGAAGAAAGCCAAGCUCGACAAGAUUAAGUCACUGUCUAACGAGAAGAAGGCUGGAGGUCUGGAGCAGAAAGAUACCGGCGCGGCCGCAGCGGGCGGAACGCUGGCUGGUGCUGCACGUGCUGGCAUGAAAGAGAAGGCUGAGGCGGCUGCCAGGAAGAAGGAGCCGGCGCCGGCGCCCAGGAUUAAGACGCCGACGGCGCUGAUGAUGAAGUUUCCGCAGAAGAGCACGCUGCCGUCGGUGGCCUCGCUGAAGGCGCGGUUCGCGCGGUUCGGGCCGCUCAACAUCGACGGCAUCCGCGUGUACUGGAAGUCCCACAUGUGCCGGGUCAUCUACAGGUUCAGGUCCGACGCCGAGGCCGCGCUCAAGUACGCCAGGAGCAACGCCAUGUUCGGCCAGGUGGACGCCCAGUACUACCUCCGCGAGGUCGAGUUGUCGGGCGGCGAGCCGCCGGCGUCCGAUGCUCCUCCGCCACGCUCCGACCUGCGGCUCAUGGAGACUGCUCCGUUCAGGCCCGGGAGCUCCGGCAAUGGUGCUCCGCUGGCGCUGUCCAGGGCUGUGCCGGCGCGCACGGCCGUGGGCCAGCAGCCCAAGUCGAUCCUAAAGAAGAGCACGGAUGAUGGCACGGCAGCCGCAGCUAGCGCGAUCAGGGAGGUCUCUCGUGUGAAGUUCAUGCUGGACGGUGGGGACAGCAAACUCGAGCCGCCUGCACCUCCCACGAGCGGCGGCGGAAGCAAUGGCGCGGACAGCGGCGCACCGGUCAGAGGCGCCAAGUCAGUCGGCUUUGCGCCACAGCCUCUGCAGCCACCCGCGCGCGCCCUGCAGCCGCCCAUGCGCCCUGCGCAACAGCCACCGCAGUCUCCUCACGCCGCCGUCACCCAUCCGCUCCCGCCACCUCCGCCGCUGCAGCAACACCUGCCAUACCAACCUCGCAUCAGCGAGGGCCUGCUGUCUACCCCCGGGCAGCCACCGUACCCACCUCGCCACACUGAUGGGCCACUAGCCUUCUCCAGCCGGCCGUCACAGCCUCUGCCAUACCCACCUCGUCACGGCGAGGGCCUGUCGGCGCUCCCUGGACAGCCACCGCUGCCGUACCAGCCUCGUUCCACCGGCUUCCCCGGCCAGCAACAGCUGUACCCGCCUCGCUCUGGCGACAGCUUGCCCCUCUUCCCCGGACAGCCGCAGCAGCACCCCCCUCCUCGGCCCAGCGAUGCUGCCGCCGACAUGCCGGUGUGGAAGAGGGGCGAUAAGGAAUUCAAGGAGGAGCUGAUGAGGGUGAUGACAGGGAUCGCCAAGAUGGUGGAACCAUUGACCGACAAGAACGGCUUCUUCCCCUACCACCUCUUCCGAGCACCGUGAGCAUGUAGUUUGCAGAACAGAGGUCGCAGCAGCUUCAGGGAAUAGCUGCAUUGUAUCUGUUGGGCCGAAGAGAGGAGAAGAGGUGCCCUGUCCUGUCUCCUGUUGUGGUAGCGUAUGCACUCCAUCUAGACUCUAAAUCUUAGACUCGUCUACUCGGAGAUGGUUGUAGUGCUUGUUGGUGUUUUACAUCCUCUUCGUCUUUGUCCUAAAAAAAUUCCCUGCUUUUAGCAGUUUAUUUGCUUUAACAUUUCUGCGUAUAAUUCCUCGAGAAAAACAUUUUCCGCGCA